AUGUCUGCAGCAUCAGCGAGUCCCCCAAAGGAAGAUGCUGUGGCAUCGCCGGAAAACGACCAGAUGAACGACCCUCAAGACCCACAUGCCUCGGGACUGGGCUACGAGUUCGAGGUAAAGGAGCAGGAUAGGUGGCUUCCGAUAGCAAAUGACCAUUCGCUAUUGUUCCGCAUCUUGAGGCUCGCCGCGAGUGGCAUCGCUUCUGACCAUCGUGCGGUGCCUAUUACACGCGCAUGUGCUACUAUACGACCAGUCAUUGAGAAGUCUGAUGGUGUCACCCGCGGCCAUACGUCCUAUCAUGGCCCGCGCUUCUCCCUCCCCCUCUCCGUCUCGGUCUUCAUCCCCAUCCCCAUCCUCGUCUCCAUCCCCGUCUCCGUCCUCAGACGCUCCUCACUCGUCCAAGGGCGGGAAGCAUGA